UCCUGUUAUACAAUGGCGAUGCAGGGGUUUAAGUCGCAGCGACGUUGAGAACAUGUUUCUUUACUGGAAACGAAGGAAGCGCGAUAGCGGAUAGUUAUAUCACUUUAAGAUCAAUCUUGAACUCUCUUAAAUGUCAAUUCGUAAUUGAUUUUCCGUCUCCGGCUGAUGUAGAGCUCUAACGAGUCGCAAGUCGCGGCAGUCUAUUUGGGCCGACUGUGUUGAGUUGUUUGUGCAGUUCACACUUCAGUAAUGCUCCUACGGUUUUGCGACGUGGAGUCUUUCCAUCAUGGGCGAAAUAUCUCCUAGGGCGCCCAUGUCGCCUCUUAAGCUGCAUGCGGUUUUCAUGCUGGCUUAGUCGGCUGCCUUGCAAGUGAAGCCGCGCAUACCGACAGCGAUGGAGGAGCGGCCGAACAACAGCCGUAGCGUCCCGGACCCUGUUUCGCGACGGUUUCUGUCAUCGGACGAUCAGAGCUCCAGCGACAUUGCUGGCACCAGUGCGGAUACCGGCUUUGUCCGCAAUGUGUUCUCGACAGGCGGAGCUCAGGCAUCUGUCGACUCGACAUCGAGCGACAGCAGUGACUGCUCAGCCCUUGCGGGAACCAGCGCGGAGAGGCCGGGCUCGCCACUGGGUUCGCCCGCUGCGUUGCCACCGCCAGCUGCUGCUGCUGCUGCUUGUUGCGCCCAGGGACCCAAGUUCAAACUAACACACGAAGGCGACGUGCAGCUCUGUAGGCUCAACCACAGCCGUACUGUCAUCAGCAAAAUCCUUAGUUCGAAGUUUCUUCGGCGUUGGGAGACGCACAGAGUUGUUCUUGGCACAUCGGAAAUGUCAUCGAAGACGCCUGGCGGCUUCAUGGAGCACCCAGUUAGCUACAGCUCCAUGGAAGAUGUGUAUUCCCUGUGUCGAUGGGACCCUAGUCACAAAUUCUGCCUCCGUGUGGUCAUUCCUGAGGGCUCCCUUCUGCUCCAGGCGGCCAAUGUAUACUUGCGUGAUCAGUGGCUACACUCUAUCCUCUGGAAUAAAAGCCUACUGAAGCAUGAAAAGAUUCUUAUGACGUCACGAAGGAUAGAAGUUGUGACUAAAGAACUAAAGAACUUGGUUGAACUUGCAUUAACAACACCUCUGCAAGACAAGAACAUCUACCAACGUCCUCUAGAAGUUAUAUCCAAGUUCCUUGUUCAGAGCAGAGAAUGGCUUUUUGGUAAAGAUGUCGAGGCUGUCAUCAAUGCGAUCCUUCCUCUGCUGGAGAGAACCACACCUUCUCCUGAGAUAUGUGAAUAUUUUUGUAAGCACUGCAGAGAAUGUCCUCGAUCAAAGCUGGUUUUUGAGAUGUACACACCUGUGGUUCAGCGAAUACUAAAGCGCAACAUGGAUUUUGGCAAGUACCCAAUGACACGUAUGCUUGUCCAGGAAUACAUUCAGUCAUUAAACUGUCAGAACUCUGGAUUGGAGGCUGUGCAGGAAUUUGUUAGGAGUGUGCAUGGUGAAGGAAGCACAUGCCCACAUCCUCGUGUUCUGCCAAACUUGGUGGCUACGGUGCUGGCUGGUGUAUUUGCCUUGUUUGAGGCUCGCCGAAACCCUGAAGAUCACAAUGAUGUAUCGCAUUCCACAAGUGACUGGGAAGCUAAGCAUGACUGCUUCGUGAAGGUGUUAGACGUGAUUGUGAACUAUGAAGACUGGCGCCUGCCGCUUGGCCAGCUUUUGCAGCCCCUGCCUUUUCCAGAUGAUGCUUUUGCCUGCCAGCGGUUCACUCUGGGCCUGGAGCCUAUAGUGGAAUGUCUUGGCACGGACCCACGAUGUGAGGUGCACAGUGUGGUAUUGGGUGCACGUGACGGAAAGGAUGGCUGGCUGCAGCUGUACAGCCCAGGUAGUCCUGCCUGCCAGGACGGUGGUGCCCUCUGGAGUCAGCUGCUGGGCACCUUGGUGGGAUGCGGGUGUGGCCGACGGCGUGCCUUUUUGGGACCGCUGGCAAAGUGGCUUGAUGCUCUGCGCGAGCGUGCCCUGGCUGGUGACACUGCCUGCCAGAUGACACUAUGUGCCAUGUUAGAACUGGGUGCCCUCGAGUCGCCAGAGGCACGGCUGCAGGCUGGUGCUGCCCUCCAGAGCUCACCUCACUAUGGAGCACUCUGCGUACGCCAGGGCCAGGCACGCCAGCUCCAGCAAAAAGGUGGCCCCACAAAGCUUACGCUGCCUGCACGCUCCACGGAUGCUGACUUGGAGAAGUUGCUGAGCUGUGGAUCAUUUGGAAACUUGGAAUGUUUGUCACUGGCUUUUACCCAAGUGACCAGUGCUUGUGCUGAGCACCUCAUCAAGCUUCCUUCUUUACGCUAUCUCAACUUGUGGUCCACACAGUUUGGUGACUCUGGGUUGAAGCUCAUCUCAGAGCACCUCCCAAAGCUUCAAGUGCUCAACUUGUGUGAAACUCCAGUCACUGACAAAGGGCUGUCAUCACUUGAAUCAAUGAAAAGCUUGCGAAAACUGAACUUGAACAGCACCAGUUUGUCUGCACAAACAUUUGAGUGUUUGAAAGAGAAGCUGCCGGCACUACAGGAGUGUGACGUGCGGUACACAGAUGCGUGGUGAUCAGUGCCAGAAAACACCUUCAAACCAUGUUUGUUGAGGAGGGAGCCUAAGUUAUCUUUUGCCACCGUCCUGCUCGAAUUCUGUACUUGGUGUCUUCUGUGGUCAUCGAACUUGUUCCUAUACCUGGUAUUACAGAUAUAAUUUGCCCAUUUCCUUAUCCAUGUUCUCCAAGGCUAGAAACUUUUAUUGUGAUGAGCCAUUUGAUGCAGAUAUACCUCUGCUCUGUGACAUUCCUUCGACCUUCUGCAAUCGGUAUAGGACUUUGACUGUUAUUCGGAGGUUGUAAUGGUUAUUCCUUGCUUGUCACAUUUCCAGGGUUCUUGUAACGAGCAUUUCUUUUUGAAGAAAACUUCUUUUAUAUGUAUUCGAAAGUAUUUUGUGCAAUUAUGUCACAGAAUUGAACAUGCCACAGAAAGCUGCCAAUUCACUUGGGAAUCUGUUUUGUUGGUAUGAACAUCUCACUGUUGUGGUAGUGUUAUUUAUUAAUUUAUUCCACCAAUCAGGGUUUAUGAAAGUUGUUGUUGCAGCCAUGCAUUUAACACUUUCGCAUAAUGUAAUGAGCUGCUUGUUUCAUUCUGCAGAAUUCUCUGCAUGUACACAUGGUGUGCUGUUAGUGAUAAUGGCAUUCUUGUCUUGCCUCCCCGUAGUGCUUGUGUGUUUGCUUCCACUUAUAAGCUGUUUUCUGUCUUGUCAUGGGGAUUGCAUUAUGAUAACUGUGAUUGAGCACCAGUUGCAGUGUAGCCUGCAACCUAUUCAAGGUGAUUAUUGACCUGUGCUUUUGUGCAGGAUUCAGAUGGCUUGUCUGCCUUAAAUUUUAGGCAUGCCAAUAAAAAGACAAGAGGCUGCUUUUUAAAUGCCAGAAAGUUCACUCUAAGCUCGGACAAAUCGCUGGAACACUUUUUUUUUUUCACAUUGUUUUUACAUAAACGUUUUGGAGAGGGGCAUUAAUGCAUUACUUUGUCAUCAUUGUUUCUUGUGAUCCAACAAUUUGCCAAAACAUGCCUAACUGCUUUGUAUUAUAUUGGCAGUGAAACUUGUAUCUGAAAUGUCAUAUAGCAUGUUCACUGUAUAUUGUUCGUAGAUGUAUGUACUAUCAAAUAUGUUCAGGGACAGUAUACUUUCUGUAUGCAUGUGUAUGUGUAUGCAUUGUGUGCCAUGUGCAGCUGAAACAGGUUCAGUCCCUUGGCCAUCAGGGGCUUGGAAGUAUCACUUUACUCUUAACUGCUCAGAGUGCUGUGCUGUGUUGUAUUGGUGAUCGUGUCUUGAGGAUUACCAGAAUAUUUUAGAGUACCACUGUAUUAAUUUAUCAAUAAUACUAUAUCAUGUAGCUGCACUAGUAGCCUGUAAAUGUAACUGUAUGCUAAGCUGCCUGUAGAACAAGGUGUCAUUAGUGGGAAGCUGCGAUUGAUGUAGUUUUGCCUCCCUAUUAUAAUGCAUCAUUAUUGAGUCAUGAGGUGCUGCGUGUCUAGGUAUAACACCAAGAGACCCCAAGCGAAUUCCUGCAGCCUAUGCUGCUGUGUUCUAAGUCCUCGCCUGCUGUGGGGGCUCGACAUGGUGCCAGGCUUCAUUCUGCGCUGUGUGCCAGGCCUGUGCUCUCAGUCUAACGAGCUUCUCUUUUCUGGACCCUUUUGAGUCUCCUUUUUCACCCUCCUCCCACCCUGGUUAAGGUUGUGUCCUUAUUCUCUGAGCUUGCAUGGGACAGCAAUGGUCAGAUGAAACACAGGUGCCAGCCUGUGUUGUUCAAACAGUACAAAGUAGAGCAUAUAUAUAUUGACUGUAAAAAGCUGCUGCAAGGGCCCAUAUUCUGUGAACACUGAUGUAUGGAGGAAGGCCUUCCUUUAGACAAAUUAAAAACACAGCAGACUCUCUUUAAGAUGAACCUGAAUGGGCCUUGAAAAUUUGCUUAUUUUAUCAAAAGUUUAGCUUCACAGAUGCAUGCUGCAUCUGCAGAAAGUGACGUAGAGGCUCCCAAGCUGUUCGUUUUAUCAGGAAAUUUGGCUAAACAGAGUUCACCCUAAAGAGAGCCUAUUGUAAUUUGUUUCAUAGUGGCACUUUAUUUUUGGAGCACCUCAAACAGUGUAAGGUACAAAAGUUUUCUGGUCUUUAGGGUCGGGAGUGCGACAAAAAAAAAAAAACAGUAAAAGGUGUCUCUUUUUAUUUGGAUGUCCAUUUUUUUCCUGCCUGUCUUGCUUACGGAAAAUCCUGGUAGAGCUGUGAAAAGGUGUGGAGGAGUGAAGAGCUGCUGUGGUGAGCUAGCUAACUAGGGCCCAUUUAGUGCCACAGAAAGUUGCCUGCCUGGCUCACUAAAAUGUGAGCUUGGAAAAAGAAAACAAGGAAUGAGCAGCACACAGCUUGGGCUUGUCUGCUGCAGUUGUGUCAAAAAAAAAAAUCUGCCUUAGCAAGCAACGUACAAACCAUCUGUGUGUGCUUUCAGACUAGGUUUCUGUUAGCACAACACAUUUACACUCUUUCACGUAAACCUGCUUACUUUUUCUUGGCCUCUGCAGUGUAGCAUUUCCUCAUGCAGCAUAAAUUUUUGUGUAGCCUUUUUUUUUUCUUAUGCUGCCUUUCUGACCUUCUGGUAUCAAGUUCAACACUUAUCACCUGAACAGCACAAAUCAUGGGGGAAACCUGAACUCUUGAGUGCUAGCUCACUUGACACAAAGAUAUGUACAAAUUACUACUUUCACUGAUAAAGUUUAUGAAUUCAAAGUGUUGUCCAUCUUGCAGGCUUAGCUUUUGAUGUACAAAUGUCUUCACAGUGUUCAGUAUGUCAGUUUAGUGCAUGGUGGGUUUGCUGCCAUAUGUAGUGUGACAUUCAUGUUGCUUGUGUCAAACUUUCUGCCCAGGCAAAAAAAAAAAACAUGUAGAUUUUUGAAAACUUCAAGUUGUUUACUCUGAUUAUGCUUGCAAGCGACAAAAUUAAUGAUGAUGGGGAUCGAACUUGUUUUUGUUGCUUUGUUGUCUUUGUGACUUGUGUAUAUGCUGGUAAGUUCAAUUGGCUUGAACGAUUCUUCACUGGCUCACAAACACGAACAAGAGGUUUGGUCCUUCAUGUGAACGCUUUGAUUCAUGGAAAUAUAUUUUUGUGGUUUGUAUCGUGGUGAAAGAUGACUAUAUGUGGCGACUGUCUUCUUUCUUCUAUCACAUAGCUUGAUACUGCUCACUUGUGGGUGUCACCACAUCACUUGCUUUUUGCCAUGCUUCUAUGCCAAUACACAUCACACAAACCAUCAGGGCAGCAUGGAAUCAGAGCAUGCAUGCUUGGCUCUUUUGCACUUGGAUGCGAAAGGUCUCUUGCUAAAAAUGUGCAGGUGGUCAGAGAACACAGUGUGUGCAUUCUAAUCAUAAUAUAGCUCUCCAUGCUUUUCAUAAGGUGGAGACUAAUGAUGCUACCUUUGCAAGGAGUGUGAUGUGGCAGUGUAAUAGAAAGGAAAAUGGCAAGCAUUUGCUGAAUUGCUUGGCAGAUCCUUUGCUGCCCUUCAUCUGGUGCAUUGGACGUGUUGUGUGGGAAUGCCUAAGAUAAGUGUGUUGUGUACUUGCAUUUAGACAAUAUACAUACUGGUAACUUUGUUUGUGUGAUUUGUUGUUGAUAUUUAUAACUUUGAAAGAGAGCAAGUCUGACAUACUCUGGACACUCAUGUUCGCCACUUGCCGGGAGUAACUGCUAAAAUUAAAUUUGGGAACAUUGCAUUUGACACUGUUCAUAAUACCACCUUUUAUUCAUUCAAAUCCUUUUGUGUAUGAUCUCUGCCUUGAAUAUCUUGUUCACGUAUGUGCUUAAUGUCUGUUGCUUCAGUUUUUAUCGCUGUAUUAAAUAUAGAUUAUGUUUAUGAA